AUGUCGGGUAAUAACAAAGUAGCAAACCCUGUGCUCGACUCGAUUAAUUUUUUCAAAGAUAUAAUUGUUGGUGCCCUGGUAAUUCUAAAGCCAAUCUUUUCUACGGCACUCGCAUUAUGGAUUGGAUACUUCGCGUUGAAAUUUGUGUCAAAUUCAUAUUACGAUGAAGUAUCUUUGAUACUUUGUAGCAUGCCCUUAUCAGGCAUGCUUCCACUAUGUCAAACGCCAAUUCCGGAUUUUACAAAAUUGGUGAAUCGACAGGUUGACACCUACGAACAAAUAAUGGACCAACAGCUAACGUAUGAUGGACCAUCGUCAUCACUAGCAUUAGAUAUCAAGAAAGCGGAGCUUGCGACGGCGGACUUAAGAACCCUCAUAAAGUAUUCUUCGUUAGUAAGCGGACCUGAAAUAGUUAAUAGAUUAACAGAGUUUGUUGAAAAGGCCAGAAAUGUUGGAAUGAACCUACAGGUUUUGCAGUCUAGAACUAAAUCCUCCCUCGAUAAUUUGAUCACGUAUAAUUUAUUCGCCCUGAAGGCAUUGGAAAAUGUUCGGGAUAAGAAAGUUAACGCGAGGGAAUUGAGAACAGCAUAUAGUCAGAUGAUGACCUUGAUCGAAGGGGAUUUGAAAAGAAUGAUUCUUGUAGGACAGGCGGCUCUUGGAAGUCUUACAGACUUGGACGGGAUAUUGUUAUCCAUUCAUGAGUUAACAACCCAAGAAGCAUCAUUGCAAAGAGCCGAACUUGGAAAACUACUGGCUGAGCUAUGGUCCAUAGUUGGAGGCAACUUGGAAAAAAAACAGAUCUACAGAGAAAAUUUAGAACUACUUCAAGACUUAGAGAGGCAAAGAAAGAUAGCGGUAUCACAAGUACAGACCACAUUAUAUGGUCUAACAUCAUUUCAACUGGAUAUAGAGGAAUUAAGAGAGCAAGUAUCGAGACCGUCAAUGAUCGAGAUGCCAAUUGAAGUGCACAUAGAUAAUGUUGGAAAGGGUAUAGAGAGAUUAAGAAAUAGCAAGGUGGCGAUAAAAAGUGGAGGAGUUAUUGGCGAUCCAAAGCAUAAGAUGAUGAUUGAUUCUGGAAGUGAUAAUAAACCUAUCGUUGACAUUAAUCUUAAUAGCAACGUAGAUACUAUAGAUGACAUUAAUGAAUAA